AUGCAAAUACCUCCCGUCGACGUGACUGUGUCAUGGCCUACUCCUAAUUACGAUGAUCCGAAGACGCGAGGAGAUGCCUUGCUGGUGCUACUUGUUCUCUUUUCCAUUCUGGUCUUCUUCGCCGUCUUCGGUCGGUACUACUCGCGCAUCAUAAUCAAGAAAUGGUUCGGCUGGGACGAUGCCAUGAUUACGCUGGCGUUUGUUUUCACCAUCGGCAUGAAUGCUACCGUUAUGCUUGCGAAUCGCAGGUAUGGAUGGGAUCGGCAUGUAUGGGAUGUGAAGCCAACCUUGUAUCAAAAUGCGAGUAUCGUCGCCUUCGCGGCGAAGCUCUUAUACGUGGAGGCGGCUACUUGCACGCGAAUGUCGCUCAUAUUCUUCUACUACCGAUUGGUGCGGGACAGUGGCAUUGCGUGGUUCGCUUGGGUCCUGCAUGCCAGCAUGUUCUUCGUGGUGGGUCUGGGCAUUGCUUUCACGUUGCUAGGCAUAUUCCUUUGCGUUCCUGUUCAAGCGUACUGGGUCUUCCCACCAAUGGCCGGCCACAAGUGUUUGGACGAAGGCACAGCGACUCUUAUCGUGGGCAUCUUCAACUGCUGCGCUGACCUUCUCACGACGGUCCUACCGAUCCCGCUCGUGGUCCGACUCACGAUGCCAGUGCGCCAACGACUAGGAGUCUGUAUGCUCCUGUGCCUUGGCGUGCUAGUGACAGUGGCAGGCAUUGUGCGAACGUAUUACAUUUGGCAGUCAUUAAUCAACAGCUGGGACGAGACCUGGUUCAGCUAUCCACUGUGGAUAUGCGCUGCCAUUGAGAUUGAUGUUGGUGUCGUAAGUGUUGGGUCGCAUUCACCUUUGAAAGUUCUCGCUGACAAACAAUCAGAUAUGCGCCACAAGUGUGCUCCCGCUCUGAAACCACUCCUCCACAAACCAAUGUCACGAGUCUCGAGCCUCGUGACCUCCAAACUCAGCUCCCUUCGCACCCUCGGCGCAGCCCCCAAAAUACCCAAAGACCUUUCCAAAAGCACCCGCUCAACAAAAUCCACCUUCCGCCCUCCCUUCGCCAAACGCAGCGGCGGCGACUCGAUCUGGGACGGCGACGAGGAAUACGGCAUGCUACGCCUAGACCGUGACGGGACAGAGAAAGGACCAACCGCGGUCUACGUCCCAGACAAUGUGCGGGAAGUUGAAUCGAGGACUAGUAUAAUACGGCAAUGGAGUAACAAACGACCUGGGGCUCCGAGGCGGCAGCCUACCUUGGAGAUCAUGAAGACGCAGGAGAUUGAGCAGGUCUCGUAUGCGGCGGGGGAGGAGCCGCAAGGGAGUGAGUGCAGCACACAGAGGACUCCAGACGCGGUGGAAUUUCGAUGA